GCUAAUGUUCGUCGAGUGGUUCGCGGAACGGAAGAUGGCGAUGUUCGAUGGGUAGAGGAUGCUGUUGGUAAACUUUGCAUUCUCGAAGGCAGCUAGAUAGUUACCUGCUGCUUGUUUCUUUCUUUUCUACUUUUUUUGUGGUUCGAACCUUCUGUUGAAUCACAGCUCAUUACACGUGAUCUAUUGCAAGCCGUUCUUGCAGUCCAGAUUUUUUUUUCUGAAGUUCGAACCAUCAAUCCAUGUACCAUCUUCAGUAAAGUAUUAAAAAUCUAAUUGACAAUGUCCAAAGCUCCCUCCUUGUUCCAGCGAUUUAGCUAUGUAUAUAAAACUUCGCGCUUUCCCUGGAAAAAGCAUGUAUUGAUUGGCCAUGACCUUUCUGGGAAUGAGUAUUGGCAGGCUCCCAACCCAAAUCAACCCAAUGGACGACCGAAACGAUGGGUAAAGAUGCUGGAGAAGCAACGGGAAAGCGAUUUCACUCAGGACAAGCUACCUGUGCAAUGGCAAGCUUGGUUACGGCAUACACGACCAACUACACCCACUAUCCAAGAGAUCAUAGCAGCCGACCAAAGAAGAUUGAUGAUCCAGGAACGGGCGAGGCAAUUGGAUGAGGAAUGGGCAAGGCGCAAAUUAGAGCUGGAAGAACAGGAGGCAUUACUUAUUGAGGGCAACAGACCACCCGCACCCAAGAGAGAACAACAGGAUUUUGUUCCAGGAUCAUGGUCACCUGAAGCACGAGAACGGUAGACAUUUGAGAGUAUAUGCGUUAUAGCAUAAGAUGUAGCAUAAGAUCGAUUAAAAAUAAAU